AUGGCUGACCAGCAGACUCGAAUAUUGCCAGUCCAUCGCCUGAGCAAAGUGCCCGCCAACAAGUCUCUCGCAGAAUGGUGGGCAGAUGAAAACUCCAAAGGCACCGCCGAAGCAUCUGCCGUUAUCGAAGCCUCAGAGGCUCUCCGAUCAAGCGAUAUCCCCGUGGGAUUCCCCACGGAGACGGUAUACGGACUCGGCGCAGAUGCGACGCGAUCUGCUGCGGUGCAGGGAAUAUACAAGGCCAAAAAGAGGCCGUCAGAUAACCCGCUAAUUAUCCACGUCGACUCGAUUGAGAUGAUCAAUAGACUCCUAAAUCCUACUACUACCACGACCACUCCUAGUACCAAGAUACCCGCCAUAUACGAACCUCUAAUAUCCCGAUUCUGGCCCGGCCCGCUUACAAUCCUCCUUCCAAACCCGCCGGGCUCUCUGCUGGCUAAAGAAGUGACCGCGAACCUGCCCACGUUCGGCGUGCGCAUGCCCUCGUCUGCAUUCGCGCGUCUUCUGAUCCACGUCACUGACAGACCACUCGCCGCCCCCUCCGCCAACGCAUCCACCAAACCUUCGCCCACCACCGCGCAGCACGUCUACCACGAUCUCAAGGGCCGCAUUAACCUGAUAUUAGACGGGGGGGCCUGCGGCGUAGGCGUCGAAAGCACAGUCGUUGACGGCCUUUCCUCGCCACCGGCAAUCCUCCGUCCCGGCGGGAUUGGCAUCGAGGAAAUAAGAGCCUGUCCCGGCUGGGAAAACGUGCAGGUUGGAUAUCACGAUAGUGCGCUUCAGCACGGCAAAGAAGCCCCUCGCGCGCCGGGCAUGAAGUAUAGGCACUACUCACCCAAGGCGAGGGUAAUACUGUUUGAAGCCGGCUCGGAUCUGCCUUCCAUCACCGGCCGGGUGAAGCAAGACUUGCUCGGCACUGGCUUCUCGACGGAGACAAGACGAAAAAUCGGCAUUGUGAGGACGAGGAAAUGGCCAGUUACUAUUGCGUUGACUCCGGACGCUGAACUUGCGCAGUCCGCGGAAUCCCAGUCUCAAGAAGUAUUAGCAGAAGACGAAAGCAAUGGCGUCAGUGCUGUUCGCAUCCGUGAAGUAUCUGUUUUGUUAGAAGAAGGCAUUGGUGCCACGGUUUAUGACAUAGAUUUAGGAUCUGAAGCCGAGGCUAUUGCGCGAGGGUUAUUUGCUGCUUUACGGAGUUUGGAUGAACUCAAUGUAGAUGCGAUUUAUAUCGAGGGUAUUCGUGACGACGAGGGUGAUCUCGCUGCUGCGGUUAUGAAUAGAAUUAGAAAGGCGGCUGAAGUGUCGGUUGCAAUAUGA